GAGAAAUCCCGGAUUGUAGAUAAUAUAUAAUCGUCAUGUCACGAGAAGCAGACAGAGAUACACAAUAUUCAUCGACAUUGAAGGAAAGGAGGGACGGAGGCAGAAAAUGGAUGUUCUUGAGUUUAUUGCUUGGUGCUAUAGCACUAGGUCUUUUGAUCGCCUUGAUCGUAGUUGUCACAAACCAAGGUAAACGCCCACCACAACAAGACCCUCAGCCUUCGGUAGACGGCCAGGUUGACGCAUCCGAAUCGCCAAAUCCCGGCGUAUUCCAUGAUUUAACAAGAAGUGAAUUAUUAUCUUUACAAGAAUAUCUUUAUUCAGACAAAGCCUCGGAUUUAAAUCUGGUGAGAUCACCUAAAGCUGCCUUAAAUGUCAGCUACGUAUUUAUUACCGAUCUUUUGCCACCUAACAAAACUGACGUUCUCGGUCAUUUAGAUGACAACGGACCAACUCCAGUACGACGAGCCAGAGUGGUUGUAUUCAGGGGCGACAAGACACCGCCAGUAGUUGAAGAAUAUAUUGUCCAACCUAUACCAAACCCAACCAGGCACGACUUAUUCGAGCUUCGAACCAGGCCUAAUCCCAUCCCUUUUGCCUACAGACCCGUUGGUCUGGUAGAAUUUAUAGAAAUCGCCAGCGCUCUAGCGACUAGUUUCCAAGAAGACAUUGGUGACAUCCUAAAAGAAAGCUAUGAUGCAGGGGUCGGUGAAUGUGGUGAUAAAUGUUUUACAUUUUACCCUCAUCCAAUGUCGUCUGCAAUCGUUGGAGCUGAUACUAGGAAGAUGUGGUUUGAAGCUUAUCAUAACGUACCUUACUAUGGUCUACAUCCAACUGAUUUUAUGUUCUUGGCACAAGUUGAUGGCGCAGAUAAAUCUAAAUUUGCAAUUGAAAAGGUUAUAUAUGGUGGAGAAUCUUUUAAUUCAGUACAAGAAUUCAAGACAGCUUACACAACCGGCACACUUACAAAAACCAAAUUGAAGUUUCCAAAAGUAGACAGAAAUCUAUUUUCAACGCUUAAUUACAGAGGCGAUGCCAAACCUUCUAAACGGGCACCCCAACUGGUUGAGCCGGAUGGAAAACGUUACACCCUGAACUACAGACAGGUAAAAUACAUGGACUGGCAAUUUGACUUCAGAAUGUCUGCGUUAACAGGACCCCAGCUCUACAAUAUCAUGUAUGGGAAAGAUAGGAUAGCAUACGAAGUGGGAUUACAGGAAAUAGCUGUCUUUUAUUCUGGUGCUAACCCGGCAGCUCGAUUUACUGAUUACGUAGACAGUGGUGAACUUUUAGGAAUUCAUGCAAAGAGUUUGGUACCAGGGGGAGACUGUCCAGAAACUGCUACAUUCAUCCCAGCAACCUUUUUAGGUGAGCACACAGAAGGACCCGAAACUAACUCAAGAGCUUUUUGCUUGUUUGAACAAAACACGGGAGUACCAUUAAGGCGCCAUUUGUCUUAUGCUGUAUCGGAAGGUGGUUUCUAUGGCGGGGUAAUGGACAAUGUGCUGAUAUUGAGGACAAUCCUCACAGUGACAAACUACGAUUACAUAUUUGAUUUUAUCUUCCAUCAGAACGGUGCCAUGGAAGUGAGAGCAGUGUCCACUGGUUACAUUUAUACCACUUUCUACAACCAAGCUGAGGAUAAAUAUGGUUUUCGCUUAAAUGAAAACAUUCUGGCCAAUCUGCAUCAUCACAUGUUCCAUUUUAAAGUGGAUUUGGAUGUACUAGGAACUUCCAAUAGAUACGAGACGCUGGAUAUAGAGACUGAAGAUUUGGAUAUUUCUAGGGAGACUGGUAAUCCUGGAGAUAAAUAUAACCAAAUAUUCUACACCAAAAAUCUUAAAAAUACAGAAACAGAAGCUGCUUACAAAUUCAAUUUCGAUACACCUAAAUAUCACAUCAUUCAUAAUAAUGCGGUGAACACAAGCUUUGGGGUUCCGAGAGCCUAUCGAAUUCAAAUGAACGGAAUGUCAAAACAAACUCUAAAAGAGAACAGUGGAAACGAAGCAACAGUAUCCUGGUCACGGUACCAAAUGGCAGUUACAAAAUAUAAACAUGACGAGUUUAGCAGUAGUUCACCAUAUAAAAUGUUUGAUGGCAGAUCACCUGUUGUAAACUUUCAACAGUAUAUCGAUGAUAAUGAUAAUAUUGUGGACCAGGAUUUGGUACUAUGGUUAGCUAUGGGAGUUCAUCAUAUUCCACAUACAGAAGAUCUUCCUAUAACACCUACACCCGGUGCUCAUCUAAGUUUUGCUUUAUUGCCUUAUAAUUACUUUAAGGAAGAUCCUUCCAUGACGUCACAUGAUUCAAUAACUAUAGUCCAUAAAGAUCCAACCAAUCCUCAAAAUGGCGUCAUAUUUAGGAGAUACCAUAAUGCAACAGGAAGACCAACAAAUGUAAAUUUGCCUUCAGAUAAUUUAUCUGACUAUGAAGAUAAUCCAGAUCUUGUUUUACAAAGUAGAAAUUAAUGUGAUAUCUUUUAGAAUAUUUUUAUAUGUCCACAUCGACACUC